GGUGCCAACCCCUAUGUAUGGCUGCAUGCGACACAAACACACUGAAACACCACGAAAUGUCCUUUUGAUGGAAAUUUUGCCCCGCGUCAGGGUUUCCACUACACGUUAUUGAAUUAGGCUUAUCAUUUGAUUUUGGCACAAGUAACCGGUCGGUGCGCUUUUAUCGAGUUUCAACGCAAUCCCCGCAUUUAAACACCGCCGCAUAAAUACAUAACACUUUACCAUCAUCAUCAUUGCCACAUAAUAAAGUUAUAAAGGAAAGAAAUCUUUCUCUCGCAGUAUCUUGGGAUCACGGAAGGGUCGUAUACAAUUCUUCUUUUUUUCUUCCCUGACCUUUAAAUAUUUUCUUGCUCCGUCCUUUUUUUUUUAUUUUGUUCUUGAUUCGUAUACCAAAAUGAAGUAUUAUCAGUUGGUGCGUAAAAUUGUUAAAUAAGGUGUUUUAGUGGACUUUCUCAGCAACUCAAAGAAAAGGUGGUGAAGUGAUUUUUUUUUUUUUGAGAAUAAAAUAAGAUUUGUGACACUAUGCUCAGAAUUGUUGAAUUUUAUCAGAAUCUCACAUAGGAACGUCCAAAAAUGCUGUGACAAUUCCGUGUGUUGUGAAGAUCCAUCCUUUGUAAAAAAAAAAUAAAGAAAAGAAGAAGGAAACUUGACAAACUUAACGAAUUAGUGAUUAAAAAAAAUAAGAUUUGGAUCAUGGAUUAUUCGUAUCUCAAUCAAGCAGCAGCAUCCUUUGACUCAAGCUGCCUACAGAGUGGUAUGGAUCCGACUGGAUUGGCAAACAUGCCCUGUGGCUAUGGGGAUCUAACAUCAUGCAGUCAAAUGUCUCAAGCUGCCUACCGUUAUACCGCAGCCGCCGCUUCCAUGGCACGUUCCUACAAUCCCGUAGGUACUACCGUGGGUCACGGUGGCACCACAAUGGGUAGUCUUCACCAUACCCCAGGACCAGGGACUCAAUGUGGAGUGAUGAAUGGUAGGAGUCAUCAUCAGGAUAUGCACAGGACAUCCAUGUUUCCUGCUUCAAUGAAUCUUCAGACUGGGAUCUCCUACAAAGUCUACCCGGGUCAUGAUUCUGUACUCACAGAAAAACGGAAGCAACGACGUAUCCGAACGACAUUCACAUCAGCUCAGCUGAAGGAGCUUGAGAGAGCCUUCCAGGAGACACACUACCCAGACAUUUAUACACGAGAAGAAAUCGCAAUGAAGAUUGACCUCACGGAAGCGAGAGUUCAGGUGUGGUUUCAGAAUAGGCGAGCAAAAUUUCGGAAGCAGGAGAGGAUAGCGCAGCAAAAGGUCACAUCGAAUAGCACAACCAACUCAUCGUCUGAUGCAUCGAAUGUCAAGACAGAGAUCAAGGCGACACCCGGCGGCACCACAACACCAAAGGAUCUUAAGGCAGGAUCACCCAUUUCAACUGUUUCCACAACACCCAAUUCCAAUUCAUCAUCUCAUCAAUCCACCGAUAUAAAGCCCCUAAAUGGAAAAAUUCUAGAUGAUCUCACGUCCAACAAUAAUAAGUGGACAGGAUCGUGCAAUUCAUUAUUGCAACACCAUCAGCAACAGCAUGUGGGAAAGUCACCAACGACAGGAUCUAGCCUGGGAAGUGGCCUUCAAAAUCAUCACCACACAUCGCAUCAUCAUGCCGCCGUGGCAGCUGCCGCCCUUGCUUCGCCCUUUUCGUCUCUCUUGAGCGCCGGAGGAAGUGCCGGCUACUUACUAGACCCCCUGGGUAGCCUCAACAAGUCCACUACAGCCAACCAUCUGUUUUAGGGGGCACUCGUGUGCCAUAUUUAGGUAUGGAAUGUGUGUGGAAAACCGAGCCAACAAUUUUUCUUUCCCAAUGUCCAUCAAGAGCGACUUGCAGGGAAUCCCCCGCCAGACACACGGCGAAAAGUUUGUGAGAUCAUCGGCACUAUCAUACAUUUAUAUACAUAAUAUAAAUCAUAUUUAAAAAAAAAAAAACUUCCGUGUAGACUAACGUCCAACCGUGGAGGAACCACAAGAAAUCACAAUGUGCGCGAGACUUAUAUUUUUUUUUCUGGGUGUGAUAACUCAUUGUGUUUUUAAGAAUAAAACACGAAAAAAAGGGAUCUUGUGGUACGUGAAAAAAAACCACAAAAAGAAAGUGCGAAGAAGUUUGCAGACUAUAAAGAAAGAAACACAUCUGUAUACGAAAAAAUAUAUAUACAUAGGUAGGUACACAGAGACAGGAAAGAAUCAAUGAAGUAAAGGGUUACUUUUGGUUUUUUUUUAUUUAAAAAAAAAGAAGAAAAAACAGGGAUUAAAGAGAAAUUUCAAUUCUGGUAACUCGGCACAGACAUUUCAUUUCAUUCAAAAACUUGAAAAUUAAUUAGCUCUCACAAAAUCAUAAAUUAAAAUAAAACAAAAAAUAAUGAAUUAUUUGAGAUCAAAAAAAUAUCGGUCCUUAAAGGGUUAAAAGAAUGUCAUUUAAACAAUAUAUUCUCCAGUUCAACAAUUUUUUAUGCAGCUAUUUAUUUAUUAAACAACGAGAGAAAUCAAUUCUUAAAGCAUUAAAAUGAAUUAAAGUUCGACUUCUACUAACCAAAAUUUAUAUUAUUUUACUAUAUUGAUCCAUGGGAGCCUAAUUGGCGCCAUAGACAAGACCAAAAAGCAUUAUGAAGGAGUCCAUACAAGGAAGGUGUGUGUGAGAAAAUAAAUUGUUUAAAAAUGACCGAUAUAAAUUUAUUUUUGCCAAUUUUUAUAGUUAAAAAAAAAUGAUGUAAAAAUAGCCGAGAUUAGAUGUGUUUAGUUGUACCCUCUUUCUUUAACCAAAUGAUCCUCCAUCUCUUUUGCAUUUGCGUCGCAGAUCACAUGUUUUUUUUAUCGUGGCAUCUUUAAGUUCUCAUUUUGCAAAAAAAAAAAAAAAAAAAACAUCUAAUUCAAUUUCUUCUUCAUGAGAAGAAACUUUAGUAAAACAUAUUGCAAAAAAAAGAAAAUUUCACAUAACAACCUGAACAUGAUCUUUGGUAUUUUGUUCUUCUUUCAAAAAAAAAUCUCUGCAACAGGACACGGAGAUUCAAUAAUAGUGCCAACAAACAAACAUACAUAUAUGUAUAUUCAUCAAGUACAUUGCCACCGAAAAUAUCCAUAUUGCGACAUCCAAUUAGGCAGUCAAUGAAAGAAGACUGCGUUUAUUUAUUUCUCUUAUGUUUUUUUCUGAGAUUGAAAGACGCGCCUGUACGGGUACGUAUGAAGUCCUUUUUGUGGGGAAUUUCGCAUAUAUGUAAGUAUGUAUGUGUGUGGGUGUCUUUAUUGUAAAUUAUGCAAUAAGUGAGAGAGAUCGUGAGAAAAUGUGAGAUAAAAUAAAUAUAUAAAAAAUGUAA